AGUAGCACUUCACUUCACUUAAUUGGCACUCGGGAUAUUCUACCGAACGUAUCCCCUUCGAGAAAACACUUUGCUCGAACACGCACGCGAACACUUCACUCGAAACCGAAGGCCUCGAAACAUCGGCCCUUAUUGUUGCAAGUAUCGCAUUCAAAUGUAGCGUCUCGAUUCGCGGACCAAUUUCAAUUCGUCGACGGCUACGAACAAGUCCAGCGGGAGGACCAAUCAACGCGGCGGCACGUCGUCCGCGUGAGUUUCUCGUCUCUGUCGAUCGUCUGACACGGCUCCCGCACACGUCGAGGGGACGAGCUCUCUUCUCGGUUCGAAUGAUUUAUUCGUUUGUUCCACGUAUGAAGAAGUGCGAAUUACUCGGCGGCCGAGGCGUCGAUAACGGAACCGAGCUACAAGGCACAGCCGUCGCCGAGAACGUGAAGAAGGGGACGUGAGGAACCUGAAACGCACGCACGCACGCAUGCACGUACGAACGAACGCAUCGCGGAUACGCACGACGUAGAUGUCGACCAGCCCCUUGGUCGUUUCCACGAGAUACGCGAGCAGCGGAAGUUUCGGGGGAGGGAAGAAGUUUCAGUCGUGUUGCUCCGCGGCGAUACGACUAACGGCCACCAGAGGACAAGGACGACGGCGACGGCGUGGCUACGCGUGUUACGGGCAGAGUGUUACGGGACGUGUGAUGUAAAUAAACGCGCACGGUAGACGUCCGCGCGUUCCGGUAAGCGUCGACAUCUGCACGACCCCCGCGACUCCCGCGUAUUUCCGUGGCCGGAACGCGCUAUCGAGAGAAAGGAGAGAUAACGAAUUGUGUGAGAUAUAUAUACACACACAUCUACAUAUAUAUACAUAUAUAUAUAUAUAUAUAUAUAUAUAUACAUAUAUGUAUCGACGCGACAACCGUUAGUCGCUCGCGCAUACACAGAGGAUCGCAAGCUGCGCGCGCGCGCGCGCGCGCGGGCUCUCAUAGAAGGACAGAGGGAUUUUUCCCCCUUUCCUCUUUCUCCGCUCUCGGCAUACGCGCGUUUCUCAGUACGCGACGAGGAUUUCCGAUCGCGCGCUUGCGAGGCUCGACCCGGGAGUCAGGCUGGGAGCAAUCUCGUGUUUUGUUUCUCGCGCGUCAUACUCGCGCAUACACGAACGCGUGUGUAUGUGUGUCGACAGUACGAUGUUUCGAGCGUCGCGCGCCUCGUGAGGAUCCGAAAAAUCUCUGUGGUCUCCUUUUCGUCCGUUCUCCUGGAGGAGGCGAAAAGAAGAGGAAGCAAUAGGCAGCAGCGGAAGAACAGGGUGAUCGAGGAAACGAGGAGUCCUCUCCCUCUCCUCCCUCCCUGCGACGAUUAUCCGUUGACCCUGUAUCAGGCGUGAGAGAUAGAAGGACGUCAGGACGUCUCCCUUCUCCCUUCUUCAACCACCUUCUGCUUCUCCUCCUCCCUUCCGCCUUGUGACUCGCGCGCGGUCAUCGUUGCAGGAUGGCAUCGUCUACGGUAGCCGUUCCGUCCGGAGCCACCUCGGUGUCGAUGUCGAACGGCGGCAGUGGUGGUGGCGGUGGCAGUAGUAGCGGUGGUGGUGGUGGUGGUGGCGGUGGUGGUGGUGAUGAUCGCGGUAGCAGCGACAGCAGUAACAGCAGCAUCAGCAGCAACGGCGGCAUCGUCGUCGGUACGGUUACUGGUACCGAGGAGCUCGACAGCGGCGAUAUAUUUGGUGAAUGUAGCAACGUCAACUCCGUUGGUGGCUAUAACAGCAGCGGUGGUGGUGGCAACCCGGGUGAUGCCCUGGAGGAGAUCGCGUGUGGCAAUGGAGAGGCCAGCAGCCAGGGCUGCGCCCUCUGUAUGAGCAAGCUGUGCUCGCCCAGAGUGCUCUCCUGCCUGCACGUAUUCUGUGAGGCUUGCCUGGACAAGCUGCUGAUAGAUGAAGCUGGUGACUCAAAGGUAGGCUCGGUCAUAAACUGUCCAGUAUGCCACCAGGAGACUUCCGUUAGUUCUAAGGGCGCCGCGUCGCUCACGUGCGACUAUGUUCUCACCAACAUAUUGGAUAUGUCCGCUAUUGAGAACAUGGCAGUAUUGUGUACCUCCUGUAAGGCCAAAGAGAGCGCUGUGGCACGUUGCUCGGAUUGCGCCAAUUUCCUGUGCCCAAACUGCAACACGGCGCAUCAGUUCAUGCGCUGCUUCGAGCAUCACAAAGUAAUUGCCUUUGAAGAUUUGAAGCAAUCCAACGAAGCUAUCCCGAUACACAAACCAAUAUUUUGUGAGUCCCAUCCUGCUGAGAAUAUGAAGUUCUACUGUCACACAUGCCAGGAACCCAUUUGCAAUGAAUGUCUGCUUGUGGAACACAAAGCACCAGAGCAUCAGUACGAACGACUGACAGAUGCAGAGCCACGACAGAAGGAAGAAUUAAUUAACUUGAUGACUGAAAGUAAAGCAAAAAUUACUGAAUGUGAUCAGGUUACGGGACAACUGGAGAAUGCACUUAGUGAGCUGCAAGUACAACAUGAUCAAGCAAAAGACUUAAUUAUGGAGACUUUUCAAAGUUAUAAGGCCAUACUAGAGAAAUGUAAAGACAAUGCGCUAGUUGAGCUCGAGAAAUUGCAUUCAAACAGAGAACUUGAAAUUAUGGAUGCUUUUCAUGGUGUUGAAAAGACUGCAGAAAAAAUAGAAGACGCUUGUCGUUUCACUUCGAGAUUACUGGAACAUGGUGAUGCAGUGGAAAUCUUAGCACUUCGGCGUAUUGUUGGAGCGCAGUUGAUGAACUUGAUAAAAAAUACACCAAAACACAAUAUAACAUUCUCUAUCGAAUUUCAAACCGACUAUAAUCAAUUCGAAAAAACUGUAAAGGAAGUAUUUGGAAAAUUUCACACUGAAAGUACAUUAGAAGUGAAAACUCAUCCUGAACCAAUCUCGACGGUGUCGGGCGUCUCUACAAAUCAGCAAAUGGUUCAUACCACCUCAAUGGGUUGUCCAAGUUCUAUCAGCACAAGCUCUCCCAUUUCCCUUCCCACAUCUAUGCAAUCCUCUUUUGAAGGUGAGCCUUCAUUUAUUAUUCCACCGACCUCAAGUCCUCAAAAUAUUCCUCCUCCACCACCUGUAUCUCUUCCACCAGGUACAGUUCCUAUCCAUGGAUUGACUAGCAUUCAAGAGUACAAUCUACAACAGCUGGCCAGUUUAGCAGAGAAGGUAGACAUGGUGGACACUGGUGUAGUUGGACCCAGCUCAAAUCCUAGUCCAACUCCGUCCUUCACUUUGGCAGAUUUAUUUACUGGAGAUUUAAGUUCUACGAGUCAUGCCAUUAAUAAUUUGCAAGCUCUUGCAAAAUUAGGAAAUACUCUUGGUAAUCAAGAUCUUGGAAAUACUACUAUUAAUGGCAGUGGUGGAUUAGUAUUGGGACGUGGACCUUCACCAGCCAUUGUAGAUAACCCAAACUUGGGUUCUUUGGCUGCCAAUAGUUUAUUAAAUGGAGGUUUUCAAUCAUUGUCCUCUUCCACUUCACCGAUACUUUCACAGGGUGCUGAUGACUUAAUAGGUGAUUCUAUGCAUAAUAUGCCUGUAGUAGUAGGAAAUACCGUUGCCAAUCAUGUAACCGGAUCAGGAACAGGGAAUUAUCCUGCUCACCCAAGAACUCAAAAUACAAAAUUAACGCCUAUGCAUAUCCGAAGCAAAUUUGGACAAUUAGGACCUAGUAAAGGACAGUUUAAUUCGCCUCAUGGAUUUUGUCUGGGAACUGAUGAGGAUAUUAUCGUUGCAGACACAAAUAAUCAUAGAAUUCAGAUUUUUGAUAAGACUGGUACCUUCAAAUUUCAAUUUGGUGUUCCUGGUAAAGAAGAGGGACAAUUAUGGUAUCCUAGGAAAGUAGCCGUUAUGAGAAAUAAUGGCAAAUUUGUUGUAUGCGAUCGUGGAAAUGAACGAUCUCGAAUGCAAAUAUUUACGAAAAAUGGUCACUUUAUAAAGAAGAUCGCUAUUCGUUACAUCGAUAUCGUAGCUGGCCUAGCUGUUACCAGCCAAGGUCAUAUUGUGGCUGUUGACAGUGUGUCGCCAACUGUGUUCGUAAUCAGUGAUACAGGAGACCUUUUGAGGUGGUUUGAUUGCAGUGACUAUAUGAGAGAACCGAGUGAUAUUGCUAUCAGUGGUAAAGAAUAUUUUGUUUGCGACUUCAAAGGACAUUGUGUUGUGGUGUUCAACGAAGAGGGUAAAUUCCUGCGUCGCAUUGGCUGUGAGAAUGUAACAAACUUCCCGAACGGGAUUGAUAUUAGCGACGCAGGAGAUGUAUUAAUUGGAGAUUCACAUGGCAAUCGUUUCCAUGUAGCUGUUUUCUCCAGAGCUGGCUCUUUAAUAUCAGAAUUUGAAUGUCCAUAUGUAAAGGUAUCUCGAUGUUGUGGUUUGAAAAUAACUUCGGAAGGAUAUAUUGUAACACUGGCCAAAAACAACCAUCAUGUCCUUGUAUUAAACACUCUUUAUAUAUUGUGAAGUGGCAUCAUACAAGUAAGUAUGUUAUAAACUUCCUCCUGCAAGUGGAAACUUUUUUGGAAACUGCUCUCAACGAAAGAUGGGAAAGGUAUGCCCAAGGCAUUACGUUCGAAUAUUGGGCCUAUUGAAGCAAUAGAAACAAGUGCAGCAUGCAGCUUUAAUAGUUGUAAAAAUAUAAUGCGUCCCCGUUUUAUGAAAGUAACAAUGUUAUGAAAACAAAAAGCAGAAAGAUAAUGUACGUCUCCGACCAAACAAUAUAAUAGUAACUUAGCAAUUUGCAUUUUGGUAAACUGCCAAAGUAAAUUAAAUUAACUAAGUGGAACCAGUUAUAAAGAGAGAAGCAGUAAGCUAUAUCAACCAGUAAGAGCAACCAACCAGCCAAGUUGGAUCGCUUGUAGUAGAGAAAGCAAUUUAUAAUGGCCUUCCGUCAAAAUUGGUUGUUGUACAUCAUUUUUGACAUGUCAGUAUUUUAAGUAUGUUUAUAAAUCAAAUUAUUCUAGUCUCUCCGACGAGCACUUUUCAAUGCGCUGGUUUCGAUUCGUGCUCGGAACAAGACGUUCUCGUCCUGAUUUUUUAUUAAUCAAGGAUGUUUGUCUUCUUAGUCCUAACUGAUGCUUCAAGAUGCAUAUAAAUGCACAUAUUACGUUUGAAAAGGUUUUCUUUUAAGAGCUUCUAAGUAACUAAUGAACUCAGCAGGAUAAAUAAUUUCAUAAAUUUCACGACGAGAGGAUCAAAAUUUUUCGCUUAAUAGAAAAAAAGAAAAAAAGAACGUUGCAUGCUGCGAGGUAGUUGAUAGUACUUCCUGCUCUUAUCAUAUCGUAUUUCUAAAGAAGAGAAUGAAACAAAUACUCCUCAUUGCAGCAGGCGCGAAGCUCAGCAAGAGCGAUGUUCCUGAUUUCUUUCUGCGCGUUUAAAAAAUGAUAGUUGAGAACAUAAUAUAAAAACAACGUUAAUGUGCAAGGAAUAGAUUAUGGUAUGUUGAAAAUCAAACAUUUAAUAUCUUAUAUAAAAAAGUGUCGUACAGAAAAGAUACUUUGAAAAAAAGUGAAAUAAUUAUUUACACUUAUGAGACAAACGAGUAGAUCCCAUUUGUGCAUUGUUAAAAAUUAGACGAGACACAUAAUGGUUACAAUAUUUACUCAGGAUGCUUUAUUAUGGUCCACCAUAUGAAUAUGAUAUAUAUGCGUGUGUGAAUUAUUGGUUCGUGGUGCUAGUGAAUAAUGUAUCCAUACCAUGUAAAUGUAUUUGUUAUAAAAUUACGGAAAUCGUUCCCACGCAUUUUUUACAAUGCGGAGGAGCGAUUUUGCGUAAUAUAUUAUAUAAGAUUCGUAAGUACAUAAUAUAUACCACCGGUAUAUCAUAUAGGGACGAUACUUUAUCUAUGUAAAAAAAAA